AUUAACGAAUACAAAUCUUACGAUAACAACACCGCUCUUUUAAACAACCGCUACAGAAAAAUCAGAAACAUCCAAAAUGGCUCCUAUGGUAUUGUCACCCAAGCCUACGAUAUCAACCUAAAGAAAAACGUCGCCAUCAAAGCCAUGAAAAGAUCCAUCAAAAACGUUGGUCCUGUUGCCAGACAUGAAAUCAAAAUCCUAUCAAAACUAGGCAACCACCCCAACAUUUGCCAACUCAUUGACAACUUCCAAACAAAAAACUACAUUUACAUUGUCUUGGAAUACUGUGCCAAUGGCGACCUCUUCGACUACCUCAACGAUAACUCUUCCCCAUCCAACAACCACUCCUCCUUGCUAAAACCCUACGAAAACUCUUAUGUUUUCAACAACUUUGCCAAACAACUAGGCGACGCAAUCCUAUACUCCCACUCAAAGGGCAUCUACCACAGAGAUAUCAAACCUGAAAACGUCCUCAUAACUGCUGAUGGCCACGUCAAACUCACUGACUGGGGCUUGGCCACUUCCGCCAGAUACUGCUACGAUGGCAUGAUUGGCACUGAGAAAUACAUGGCUCCCGAAACCUUCUUCCAAAAUGAUCCCAACGAAAACCACUCCAAAUACACAAAACCUGCCUCUUCCUCCUAUCACAACAGGAAGCUACAUGGUAUCACAAACUACAAGUUAAAACUACACUCCUACGACGCUGUUUACGCUGACUACUGGUCCUUUGGUAUCACCCUUUUGUACACCCUCUUUGGUACUUGUCCUUUUGUGAUGGCUGAUGAAAAAAAUGACUCCUACUUUAAAAACUUUGUCAAAAACUCAUACUCCAUUUUCGAUAUCUAUCCAGACUUAUCCUCAAAGGGUUUUGAGGCAAUUGUCAAGCCCUUACUCUCCAAAUUCCCCAAAUCCAGAAGCAUCAACACUGCAAUUGACCGUUUGGAACAGUACUAUUCCUAUGGUUUCACUAUUCAAGAAGAA